AUGGAUCUUUUUGGUUCAAGUUCGAAUCGUUUUGUUCCAAUAAUCAACAUCUACUUUCAUUUCUACCUUGUUUCCGGUUUAUUUUUUCAAUGUAUUCUGAUGAUUCUUAUCAUUCGAAAGUCUCCCAACAGCUUGAAUGACCUCAAACUGUUUCUAUACAACACGGCGUUUUGUCAGAUUGCAAACAUUCUUUCUGCUUAUUUUAUUCAAUAUAGGGCGUUACCCAACACAACAACUCUAGCGGUUCUGGCAAAUGGGCUGUGUAGGAAAUUCGGACCGGAAGUCUGUUUUGGAACUUAUCAUGUUUAUUUGGGUAUCAGCUCAAGUGUAGCUCUUUCCAUUUCAACAACCGUUAUGUUUCGAUAUUCUCUAAUAAAAAACUGGCGUUUAAGCAGAACAUCAUUACGUGGAUUGAUUAUAUGUGGACAUAUUGCGCCGUUCAUUGCUACAGCCAUUCCUUUCACGACGCAAUGGGAUUUUGACGUUGUUCGUGCACAAUCAGUGAAAGAGCAUUCAACAUAUGAUCUUUCUAUUUAUGCUCCAUUUUCUGGAUUUUCUGAUACAAGAUCUUUCCAAUUCUUGUUUGUCACUGCGGCAAUUGCUAUUGGAGCAUACUUUGUCCCUUUAAUGUCGGUUUUUGUUAUUCGGAAAAUUAUGAUAGUGACCAAAGCUCAUUCAAAAAUGUCUGAAAACACUAAACGUCACACGAGGAUGUUAAUGAAGGGUCUGGCGUGCCAAGUUUUGCUCCCAUUGAUCUCUUAUUUUCCCAUCAUUACGCUUUAUUUGGUCACUCAAAUGACAGCAGAAGAGUUCCUUAUAACAGAACAUCUUCUGAAUAUUAUGACGUGUUUCCCUGCACUCGUUGAUCCUUUUAUUUCAUUUUAUUUUAUAGUACCAUAUCGGGUAGCACUGUUAAAACUGGUAAAAAAGAAAGUGGAUUCAACAAUCGAUGUGACAACAUACAUACCACCACCAGUUUCUUUCCGUCAUUCAAGCACAAUUCAUGGCUGAGGAUAAGUCCAUCAAUCAAUGAACAGUUGUUGAUUAACAACUGGUGCUUCUGAUAAAUCUUGUUCAAUUUUUAUAUUAUAUAAAAAUAAAUGAAAUUAUGUUUAUUA